AAUCCCAGAGAGCAUCAGUCACCGCUUCGGACUUCAAGCCUCUUGAGCCUAUCAACUCCUACAUCGCUUCAACCAACUCAAUCAACAUCAUGAGUAUCAUCCAAAACCGAGUCCUCUAUGGUGAAAAACCAUUCACUCCCAUUUGUGUUCCACGGGAGCGGGAUACCUUGAUCCGGCAUGUUUUGGAAGCGGUUCGUCGGAUCUCCGCUGAGGAGCCGGAUCGAAAAUGGAUCACCGAUGUCCUGGACUUUGCCAAUCCCCGCACCCGCUACAUCCGGGAUAUCGAGCCCAUGUCGAUCAAGUUUGCUCAGGCCCUCGUGGCUAGGGGAGUCCAACCUGGUGACGUGGUCCAACUGUACUUGGAAAACAAUGUAGAUUACUUCCUGAUCAUCUUCGCCGGAUGGCUUUGCGGGGCUCGAGUGAGCACUUGCGAUCCCACCAUCAAGGGCAAGGGCAUCCAACAGCAACUGAAGGAUGCACAACCCAAGGUCGUGUUUUGCUGUGAUAGCACCAUCGAAAAAGUGGCUGCCAGCUGGUCGGGCAUGGUGUCCUUCAAUCCCAACAAUUUGAUCCUUUGGAGUGAUGAGAUGUGCCAAAGCUUCUUGGCGACGCCUGACAUGUCUUUGCCCAUCUUGGACAACAGUGUUGACGACACGGCAAUCAUCCUUUGGUCCUCUGGCACCACUGGUGUCCCAAAGGGCAUUGAAUGGACUCAUCGAGGUCUGAUGAAUCUGAUGGAUCCCGUGGACUUUCCUCCGUCCACUUUGUAUGCCACCACCAUGUUCUAUCAUAUCGGUGGCUUCAACAUCCCCAUGAGUUGCUGCAUCUUUGGCAAUUUCCACGCCAUCUUCCACGGAAGCAACUAUGAUGUUCAAAGUGAGGACAUCUACAAAGUGGUCGAUCAAUACCAAGCCAAGUUGUUGCUCUUGGGAUCGCAUCACGCCAUUCGGCUGGCUUCCGAUAGACCCAAUCUUAACUAUGACCUCUCCUCGGUCUUGGCCAUUUCACCUUUGGGAUCUGCUGUUCCAACCACCAUCGGUCAGGAGCUCAAAAUGAGCUUCCCCAACUGCGACAUGAUUUUGUGGUAUUAUGGCUUGACCGAGACCGGUGCUGUGACCAACAACGUCGACAAUACGAGCUUGGGGCCCCUUCGUGAUGGUCGUAUGGUUCGGAUCGUGAACCCCGAGACCAAUCAACUCUUGGGAGCUUAUGAACAUGGCGAGAUCCAGGUCAAAUCCGGCUGCAUGUGUGCUGGAUACUUCAAUCGUCCCGAUUUGACCCGAGCAGCCUUCACCGAGGAUGGAUACUUCCGCACCGGAGAUUUGGGCAGCUAUGAUGAGAACGGCCUUUUGUACUUUCAUGACCGGAUCAAGGACUUGAUCAAGUACAAGAACAUGCAUGUGUACCCUGCCGAUUUGGAAAACAUUAUCCAAUCCCACCAAGACAUCGUGGAAGUGGCCAUCUAUGGCAAGCCCAACCUUUUGACGCAAGAGACCAUUUCGGCCUUGGUUGUGUUGAAGAAAGGCUCAAAUUUGUCGGGAGAGGAGAUCCGAGAGAUGGUCAAUUCUCAAGUGGAGGAUUUCAAGAAAAUUCGAGGAGCCAUCAAUUUUGUGGACAUUCUUCCCCGGAACUUUCAAGGAAAAGUCCUAAGGAAACUACUUCCCGCCAUGUUCUAACUUUAUUCUUAACUCCGAAUCUCUCCUCUUUCGUCUAUCUUAACAUUGUAUCCAGCUCUGCUUUGUACUUGCCAUUCAUUGAUUUGUUGUCACUCACUUGUUUUGUGGCAUCUACUUGUAACUAAUACUUUUUUCUUCUGGUCGGUAUCCUGAAAUAAAAAAAUUCAAGUUGAAA